UGGAGUUCGGAGGUGCUGCUGGCUGCGGCCGCACGGUGGUAUGGCUGUGUCCCGGUCCGCGCGGGCCCCCCUCGACUCAGAUAAAGGACAGAAAGACAAGCCUGGACAGACCUCAGGGCCCAGGCCAGGCAGCCAAAUGGGAAAACUUCUGGGCUUUGAAUGGAAAGAUUUAUCUAGCUGGCAAAGGCUAGUGACCUUGCUUAAUCGACCAACGGAUCCAGCAAACCUGGCUGUCUUUCGUUUUCUCUUCGCAUUCUUGAUGGUACUGGACAUUCCCCAGGAGCGGGGACUCAGCUCCUUAGACCGAAAAUACCUAGAUGGACUGGAUGUGUGCCGCUUCCCCUUGCUGGAUGCUCUGCGUCCCCUGCCACUUGACUGGAUGUAUCUUGUCUACACUAUCAUGUUUCUGGGGGCACUGGGCAUGAUGCUGGGCCUGUGUUACCGGAUAAGCUGUGUGUUAUUCCUGCUGCCAUACUGGUAUGUGUUUCUCCUGGACAAGACAUCAUGGAACAACCAUUCCUAUCUGUAUGGUUUGUUGGCCUUUCAGCUGACAUUCAUGGAUGCAAACCACUACUGGUCUGUGGAUGGCCUGCUGAAUUCCCGUAAGAGGAAUGCCCAUGUACCCCUUUGGAACUAUGCAGUACUGCGUGGCCAGAUCUUCAUUGUGUAUUUCAUUGCGGGUGUGAAAAAGCUGGAUGCAGACUGGGUUGAAGGUUAUUCCAUGGAACACUUGUCCCGGCACUGGCUCUUCAGUCCCUUCAAAUUGGUGUUGUCCGAGGAACUGACUAGCCUGCUGGUGGUACAUUGGUGUGGAUUGCUUCUUGACCUCUCCGCUGGUUUCCUGCUCUUCUUUGAUGUCUCAAGAUCUAUUGGCUUCUUCUUCGUAUCCUACUUCCACUGCAUGAAUUCUCAACUCUUCAGCAUUGGUAUGUUCCCCUAUGUCAUGCUGGCCAGCAGUCCUCUCUUCUGCUCCCCUGAGUGGCCUCGGAAGCUGAUAUCCCACUGCCCGAAAAGCCUACAGGAACUGUUGCCCCUCAAGGCUGCCCCUCAACCCAGCGCUUCCUGUGUAUAUAAGAGGAGCCGGACCAAAAGUGGCCAGAAGCCAGGACUGCGCCAUCAGCUGGGAACAGCCUUUACCCUGCUCUACCUUCUUGAGCAGCUGUUCCUGCCCUAUUCCCAUUUCCUUACCCAGGGUUAUAACAACUGGACAAACGGGCUGUAUGGCUAUUCCUGGGACAUGAUGGUACAUUCCCGCUCCCACCAGCAUGUGAAGAUCACCUACCGUGAUGGCCUUACUGGCGAGCAGGGCUACCUUAACCCUGGGGUAUUUACACAGAGCCGGCGAUGGAAGGAUCACGCAGACAUGCUGAAGCAAUAUGCCACUUGCCUGAGCCUCCUGCUUCCCAAGUACAAUGUCACUGAGCCCCAGAUCUACUUUGAUAUUUGGGUCUCCAUCAAUGACCGCUUCCAGCAGAGGCUUUUUGACCCUCGUGUGGACAUUGUGCAGGCCUUCUGGUCCCCCUUUCAGCGCACGCCUUGGGUGCAACCACUCUUGAUGGACCUGUCUCCCUGGAGAACCAAGUUACAGGAAAUUAAGAGCAGCCUGGACAACCACACCGAAGUAGUCUUCAUUGCAGAUUUCCCUGGGCUGCACUUGGAGAAUUUUGUGAGUGAAGAUCUUGGCAACACUAGCAUCCAGCUGCUGCAGGGGGAGGUAACUGUGGAAUUGGUGGCAGAACAGAAGAAUCAGACUCUUCACGAGGGAGAAAAAAUGCAGUUGCCUGCUGGAGAAUACCAUAAGGUGUAUACAAUAUCACCUAGUCCUUCCUGCUACAUGUAUGUCUAUGUCAACACUACAGAGGUCGCACUGGAGCAGGACCUGGCCUAUCUGCAAGAAUUAAAGGAGAAAGUGGAAAAUGGAACUGAAACAGGACCUCUACCUCCAGAGCUGCAGCCUCUGUUGGAAGGGGAAAUAAAAGGAGGCCCUGAGCCAACACCUCUGGUUCAGACCUUUCUUAGACGCCAACAAAGGCUCCAGGAGAUUGAACGUCGGCGAAAUACCCCUUUCUAUGAGAGACUCUUGCGUUUCUUGCUGAGAAAGCUGUAUGUGUUUCGACGCAGCUUCCUGAUGACUCGAAUUUCACUUCGAAAUCUGCUCCUAGGCCGUCCUUCCCUAGAGCAGCUGGCCCAAGAGGUGACAUAUGCAAACCUGCGACCCUUUGAGCCAGUCACAGAAUCAAGUCCUUCAAAUGGAGAUUAUUCAAAUCUUGAUAUUCCUGAGCCAGAUGCUGAACAUAACCACCCAGAUUUAUAAAGGGGCCCAGAUAUUUAGUGCAGAUGUAGAAACAGCCAGCCACAGGCCUAUUAUUUGUGCAAUGGACAUGUAUUUGA